UCCCUGUGUGGUUCUCUUACAAACUAGCAAUGUUAUUAAUAUACUCUUACCCGUGAGGUAGCAUACAUCCUGGAGUAGCGCAGGUGAUAGAAAUGCACACCCUAGCCACCUCCAUGGCCAACAACAUACCCAACACACAGCUCAAGUUUGACAGGUACAAAUAUUCCAGUUCAGAAUUUCCCGAAGAGCAUGCUGUUAUAUACUCUUCACACGAGAUCGAAACCAGAACCAGCACUUUACGAUUGAGCGUCAAGAGAGACAUGGUGCUAUGCAGAUUUGCUCACGACAUGUGCAAAGAUCACCCGAUACGAUUUCAUAUGAAGAUCACUGCUCUAAAAGACAGCAACGGAGUUUUCAAGCUCGGGGAAGUAGUGGCCGGAGAUGGAACUGACCGAGAUCUAAGACCAUUCCCGAACAGGAUUCCGAAAUUCUUGAACCGCUCCGGCGGCGGAGAACGACCGGCAGCGGUGGAGAAGGAGCACGCACGGUUCGCCUACAGGUGUGAGGAGGGAAGUGGUGAUUUUGGUGUGAAGAGCGGAUAUGAUUGUGAAAAGUGGAGGUUUUGUCACUCCUAUGAUGGUGGUGAGAGAGGAAACCUAACAUAUUUUGUGAGCAUUUGGUGCAAUUCUGAUACAGGGCUUAGUGUGCUGCUGGUUGGGCCUUUUAUGAACGACGGCAAAGGUGGACGUUUAAGGAUGAGUAGGCGUGAGGUUUCAGGAGAACCCCCAAAAGGGUUGAUUGCAAAUGCUGAGAGAGAUUUGAAAUUAGGAAAAGAGUAUACCGUCUUGAAAAGGAAUCAGUUUCAAGAUAACAUGGAUGAUAUAAAAUCUAGUUUGCAUGCUCUGACGACCGAGAUUAGAUAUCGUAGGGAAGAAGCUACACGAGUGAUGAACAUUAGGAGAGAACGCGCACAGGAACAAGGAAAAACAUAUGGAGGUGAAUCGCCACGAGCUAGAAGUGAUUCUGAAAACUUUUGUGGGAGGAAUAGCGGCUUGCAAAUCCUACAAGGGAAAGAGAAACCAAACGGAGAAAUGAGGAUUAGUUCAGAAGAAGCUGCCAGAAGAAUGGUACUAACCAGGAGGUUAAUAGAGAGGUGUGAAGUGGGUAAGAAUAGAAGUGCAGAAGGUAGGGCAGAAAUUAAUGGCGACGGGGAUUCAGAAGGUAGCGUGAUAAAUUUUUCGGGUGGUGAAGGCAACGAACUCAUUAACAAUUCAGUUGGACACAGUACUCAAGUUGCUUUCUAUGGCCCUGUGUACCUUUCGUUAAAGGGUCACCCGCAGCCCCUUUUUCCUUCUUACUAUUGAAAACUACGUAUAUAUGUAAUACAAUUUGGAUAGAUUCAUAAAUAACAAUAAGUAAAAUUAUAUUAUCA